AUAUAAUCAUCACAUUAAAAAUAAGAAAACUUGAAUGAAUUAGGGGUCAAAACUCAAAAGUUCAGAACGUAUUUUACAAACCAAAUUAAUUAAAUUAAAUUAAAAUAUUGUCUGUAGGCUGUGUACGAUGUGACAAAGCUCCAACGACUGGAAUCGAGUGCUGGACACAUUACGAAAUCUUCUUCUCUCUAUCUCUCUCGCUCCCUCUCGCUGGUUGGAAUUUGGAUCUGAAUCUCCCACUUUGGGGCAUUGGAGCAAUUGCUCUGUGAAUGGAAGCGAUCAGGAAACAAGCCUCGAAGCUCAGAGAACAGGUCGCCAAGCAGCAACAGGCUGUCCUCAAGCAGUUUGGGGCUGGGGGAUAUGGAGGUUCAGAUAAUUUAGUUACCGAUGAGGCUGAACUCCUUCAGCACCAGAAACUUGAGAAGCUUUACAUUUCAACACGUGCUGCUAAGCAUUUUCAAAGGGAUAUUGUUCGUGGAGUUGAAGGGUAUAUUGUAACUGGGUCCAAGCAAGUUGAAAUAGGUACAAAAUUGUCAGAAGAUAGUAGGAAAUAUGGUGUUGAGAAUACAUGUACCAGUGGCAAUACAUUGUCAAAAGCCGCACUAAAUUAUGGACGAGCUCGUGCUCAUAUGGAGAAGGAGCGUGGAAAUUUAUUAAAAGCCUUUGGUACACAGGUUGCAGAGCCAUUAAGAGCAAUGGUAAUGGGAGCUCCAUUGGAGGAUGCUCGACAUCUUGCUCAACGAUAUGAUAGAAUGCGGCAAGAAGCUGAAGCUCAGGCUAUUGAAGUUUCAAAACGCCAAGCAAGGCUGAGAGAAGCGACAGGCAAUGCUGAUAAUGCUUUAAAGCUGGAAGCUGCAGAAGCAAAGUUGCAAGAUCUGAAGUCAAACAUGGCAACAUUGGGAAAGGAAGCUGCUGCAGCAAUGGCUGCUGUUGAAGCUCAACAGCAGAGAUUGACUCUGCAGCGACUUAUUUCCAUGGUUGAAUCAGAACGGACCUAUCAUCAAAGAGUCCUUCAGAUUCUUGAACAGCUUGAAGGCGAAAUGGUAUCAGAGAGACAGCGAAUUGAGGCACCUCCUAGCUCAAGUAUGGAUAACAGCAUGCCACCUCCUCCAUCAUAUGAAGAAGUUAAUGGUGUAUUUGCUUCUCAAACACAUAAUGGAUCGACAGACGGCAUUAGUUACUUCCUUGGAGAGGUCAUAUUCUCUUAUCAAGCUGAAUCUGAGGUGGAGUUGAAUUUGUCAGUGGGUGACUAUGUUGUUGUCAGAAAGGUGUCAAAUAAUGGAUGGGCAGAAGGUGAAUGCAAAGGGAAAGCAGGCUGGUUCCCAUAUGGAUACAUCGAAAGACGAGAGCGUGUUCUUGCAAGUAAGAUGGUUGAAGUGUUUUAGAACCACGUGCUUGUUCGAGCUGCUUGCGUUGUAUGUAUUUUUUGGUUUGGUAAAACAGGCAGAGCAUGUGUUUGCCCUCGCAAAUGGAACACACUUGGAACACUUGCCCAUUUGUUGUGUGUCAUUCAUACAUACAAUGGUUUUCAGUCUUGUGUAUGUGUCCCAAUUUUUAUUUUUAUUUUAUUUUAUUUUUAAAGUUUUCUCCAUUCAAGGAGGAUGUGAUGAAGUAGAAAUCUUCAUUAAUUGAUUUUU